AAGUUUUCAUACCAAGUUUUUCCUCGGCCGAGAGUGGUUGUAACCGUGCAAGUGUCCCUGCGUCCAUUUCGCUGCUGGUGCUUUUCUCUGUGUAAUUGUUGUAGCCAGCCCUAAGAGAGGGUGGGUGAAAAAGACCAUUUUUCCUGCUGCUGCUGUACAGAAAUCUGGUGGCGUCGUGGUGAAAAAUUGGAAUUUCGGACAGGAUUUGGUCCUUCCAAGACGUGUGAUGUAACUUUUCAAGGACAAAUUGUGCGGGAUUCGGUUCCUGUUUGGCCAAUUUUCGGUGUGUCCAAUUGCGUAGCUCGGGCGUUCCGGAGACCAUUUUCGUUUGGAAGAAAAGUUUGCACCCUAUGGCCGUACAGUUAGUUGGAUUAUUGAAAAGUGUUUUUUCCUCCUGAUCUGCUGCUGCUGCUGCUAGUUGGACUACCCUGGCUCGUGAGAAGAAAACGGAGGGAAAACAAGGAAUAAGAUUUUUCGGGACUGUGCUGCGUGAUAGUUGCAGCAGGUGUUGGGGGAAAAACUGGUGGGGGAAACCCCAGUGAGCGCGUUCCUGGUGCUUAUCCUAGGAGGAAGAAAGCAUCCGACCAAGACCAAGUCCAAGACGAAGGCAAAAUCACUUGUGAGAUUGUGCAGGCUUCGAGCGUUUCUGGGAAGAGUGCGCGCGUAGAGCCGCGUAUAGCGUAUACUAUAACACCUAGCCACCACCUCAUCGCAUCGUAUCGGCUGACCGGCCAUCUAUGAAGGAAGUUUUCUGAUUUCUUCUUCAACUCUUUCGGAAUCCCGAGGGCGAUCAGGAUAAGCAGCUGAGCACUCUGAAUCCCAGAAAGUUCCAAAGAAAUACAACAACCGAAAAAAAAAACCGAAAAAAGCACUAUAGUUAUAACCAAUAUCAGCAAUAUGUCGGUCCACACAGUGCUUACGAAUGACGAUAAAAUGAUAAAUAAUGUUGAUUUUAAAGAAAAGCUGAUAGCAGCUGUCAAGAAAGAGGUCAAACAGGUGAUGGAGGAAGCGGUCACCAAAAAGUACAUCCACGAGGAAUCCGGCUCGGUUACGACGCUCUGCGCUGCCGUUGAGGCCUGUCUCAGUCAGGGUCUGCGGAGAAGGGCCCUCGGGUUGUUCAAAACGUCCUCGACAACGGCCCUGCUGCACAAGGUCGCCAAGCAUUGUCCGGAAGCGGCAUGCAUUAGUAAAAAAGUACAGGAAAUCGAAAACAACGAUCCCAACAAACGCUCGUCUUCAAGCAGCGAUAGCACCAAUAAACCACCAAUUUUGAAAAAGAGUAGCAGUCACUCGGUUUCAACCACCACUCCACCACCAUCACCACCUGUAGUAAAGUACCUUUGGAUUCGGUUGGCACUUUACGAGAAGAAGCUUUCGCGGAUAAUCGACCAUCUGGUGACGAACGCAACCCGAUACUACGAACGAGACUCUCUGGUGGCCGAUCCCGAUUACGGUUCCAUCUUGAGCUCCCUGCUGGUGGGGCCCUGCGCUCUGGAUUACUCCCGUGCCAAAACAGCGGACCACUUCUGGACCGAUCCUCCUGCGGACGAGUUGGUCCAAAGACAUCGCAUCAGUUCCGGCAAUCCCACGUCGCCAGCCAUCCGCAGACCAAUGUUAAACUUCAAGCGUAGUCUGCACACGAGCUCCGAUGAGGGCAGUAUGGCCUCGUUCAAGUCCAAUUCGUUGGUAUCGGCCUCGAAGGACUACGUCGAGUCACUGCAUCAGAACUCACGAGCCACACUUUUGUAUGGCAAGAAUAACGUCCUCGUGUUACCGAAGGAGGUCAGUGAACCGAUGCCCGGUUAUCUGAGCCUGCACCAGACGGUUCAAUCGUUAACGAUCAAGUGGACUCCGAAUCAGCUUAUGAAUGGAUACACCGAAUCGACCGAGACCAUCGAUAAAAGUUCUUUCUGGGCGUACGCUUUGAACGUUAAUGUGGAUGAGAUUGUUUACGUUCACUGCCAUCAGGCACGUGGAGGCGAUACAGGUGGGACGAUCAUACUAGUGGGUCAGGAUGGAGUGCAGAGACCACCGAUUCAUUUUCCCGAGGGUGGACACAUGGCUGCGUUUCUGAGCUGUUUGGAAACUGGUUUAUUGCCCCAUGGUCAGCUAGAUCCACCGCUAUGGUCCCAACGAGGUAUUGGAAGAAUCUUUCCCUGGCCACACAAAUCACGGCGCCGACCGUUGCCAUCACUGCUGGAAGCUGCCACAAGCGAUGAACUGCCGAUAGACUAUGUGUUCCGGGUUGUUAACAAGACCAAUCCCGAAGAGUUUUUGGCCGCGCAUUCCAUUCUGGACGUGGGUAGAACUAGCCCACGCUACCGGGCCCAGCUGAGUAGCUGUAGUACCAACGAAAGUAGUGAUUGUUCCAGCAAGAGUCUUUCGAUCGACGCCAUGUCCAUUGAUAGUCCUAAUCCUGCAACCAAUCAGUCCACAAGUAUUGCUCUCGUUUGCUCAACCAUGAAACGACAAAUCAUAUCCCGAGCAUUCUACGGAUGGCUUGCCUAUUGCCGGCACCUGUCGACCGUUCGAACCCAUCUGUCCGGGCUGGUCAACGGAAGAAUCACACCGGAUAUUGGUGCCGAAGAAGGACUGACACGCAAUCGCUGGGAAGGACUUCACGAUGAGCGAGGUGUAGUUGGAGACGAUCAAGAGGUUUAUCGAUUGGUGUACUACGGUGGAGUAGAACACGACAUUAGGAAAGAAGUUUGGCCCUAUUUGCUUGGGCAUUACAGCUUCGGAACUACUCCAGAGGAACGUGCAGAACUGGAUGAAAAUACGAAGCACUACUACGAAACAACGAUGAGCGAAUGGCUGGCAGUCGAAGCAAUAGUCCGUCAGCGGGACAAGGAGAAAACUGCCGUCGCAGUAGCUAAGCUCAGCUCCGGCAGUGGAAGCAUCGAAAACAAAAGCAAAGAGGUCGACGAAGAGGAAAUGGAGAACGAGGUGUUCGAAGAGAAUGGCUUCUCCGAUAUGUCGGAACCAGAGGUGGAAGACGAAGACAAUGCCGCUAAAGCUAACCCACAGACAGAACCAAGCCAAGCAGAGGAGGAAACCGAAAAGGCUGACGUCGAAGAAGACGAAAAGCUGGGAUCAUCAUCGAACAGGCUAGAGCUCCCACUUUCGGAUCACAGCAAAGACAUCGAUAGCAAUAAAAGUUCACCGUCCGAUUCGUCGUAUGCUACAGUUGGAAACGAUUUCGUGGAUGUUGCCGAUAUGUUACCGCUACCGAGCAACGAAGACGUACCGAUGCAGGACGAGAUGGAGGAUGACGGACCGUUGGAAGACGCCGAAGAAAGUUCCGUGCAAUCGCCGAGCCAACCUCGCGCCGUGAUUGUGACUGAUGCUUCCAUAGAUGUUACGAUGAUGGUCAACAGUGUUAAGGAACAGAACAACAACACCUUGGAGGCGCUGCCAGAGGAAGGUCCUACUCGGCAGCUGGAUGCGUUACAAGAACCAAAAUCGGCUUGUGUUUCACCGGCCAGUUCCAAUGGAGGAAUUUAUAGCAGCGAGCUGUUGGAAUCAUUCGGGUUGAAUCUACACCGUAUUGAGAAGGACGUACAACGAUGCGAUCGGAAUUACUGGUACUUUGCAAAUGAGAAUCUAGACAAACUGAGGAAUGUGAUAUGCACUUACGUUUGGGAGCAUUUGGAUGUGGGCUAUAUGCAGGGGAUGUGUGACUUGGUGGCACCGCUGUUGGUUAUUUUUGACGAUGAGUCGCUCAGUUAUGGGUGCUUCUGUCGGUUCAUGGAGCGGAUGAUUGAAAACUUCCCGAAUGGAGGAGCCAUGGAUAUGCACUUCGCUAAUAUGAGAUCCCUAAUCCAGAUCCUGGACUCGGAAAUGUACGACUUGAUGCAUGCUCAUGGAGACUACACCCACUUCUACUUCUGCUACCGGUGGUUUUUGCUGGACUUCAAGCGGGAGCUGAUCUAUGCGGACAUUUUCUCUGUUUGGGAGGUCAUUUGGGCGGCCAAACAUGUGGCUUCGGCCCAGUUUGUCCUAUUUCUGGCCCUGGCUCUGCUGGAAAACUACCGGGACAUCAUCCUCUCCAACAGUAUGGACUUCACUGACAUUAUCAAGUUUUUCAAUGAAAUGGCUGAACGACAUAACACUCCCGCGGUACUGAAGCUGGCUAGAAACCUUGUUCUUCAAUUGCAAACAAUAAUCGAAAAUAAGUAGAUUAAUGUGUUGUUGUGGUAGGAAAGUACAUUAAAAGGUGAACACUUGGUUGGUGUUUGUGCUGGUGAUCGGUGAACCAAACGUGCUGAGCGAUUGUUAAACUGUGGAUCAGUUUUCUUGGGCUGGUAUCCAAAUGCUGAAUGUUGUAGGUGGAGCUACAUACAAGUACAUACAAGUAAAAGUUGAGCAUAACUAGCAAAUUUUGAAACAAUUUGGAAUGAAAUAAAUUUUAAAAGCAUAUAUUCCUAGGAGGUAAAAGAAUAAAAAAAACACAAACCAAAUGAAACCAGUUAUGGCAUGUUACUCGAUAAAAAUUGCAAAUAAUAGAUAAAAAACCACUACCUAAGUAAAACAUAUGUCAAUGUACUGUCACCUACUACAUGUCACUGUUACCUGUUCUCGUAUACACUCGAACGAAUUCCUACAGAGGCAUAACUGCCCUCCCGAAAAUCGGUGGGAUCCAAACUAUUAAGGUUUUUAUGGCAAAUAUUUUUUUUUUUAUUUUCAAUUUUUUUACUUUGCUUAACUUUUCUAGGAUCCCAGCACCUAGAAUUGUUAUUCAUUUCCUUCAUUCCAGUUAGAAAACAAAUUCAAAAAACAAUUUUUGAAGAUUCCAGUUUCAAAAUAAAAUUAUAAGCUACGUUUCGGCAUUUCAAAUGUCUUCUUCAAGGAUUUGAGCAGGAUAGAUGAUACAUAUUAACAUUAUUUGAGUAUACUUUUUUACACUUUUUUUUUUAAAUAAAAUUUCAGCUUCUCAGGUUCCUCGAAAAAUACGUGAUGAGAUGUCGCAAGGUAAUUUAAAAUAUCAUCUGAAAACUGAAAUCGCUGAAAAUAUUCUCAUCUUCUCAGCUCUUAUAAUUUUUUCAUUGCAAUAUUUUUAGAACCCAGCCCCCUAAUUAUCAUAGACAACAUCCUUAAGCCCGUGGCUCAGAUGCCCCCAAACCAAAACGUAUGAAUUACCUAACAGUCUGUCCUGUAACCAAUCUCUAUAGCAUCUAAAGUCCGUUUUACUCCGUGUGAAUAUGUUGUCCUAACCCAAAAAAAAAAUCUCGUGUAUACUGUCGUGUCUGUAAGAUAAUUUAUAUAGCUAUUUGUACUGGUUGAAUUUUAAUCCAAGUAUAUUCGUUUCCCUCAAAAGCUCCUAACGUUGAAAUCGUGAUUUUAAUAAUUGUUUUAGAAAGAUUGUUAACCCAGCAAGAGAUACAUCAGUAGAUCCUAUUUUUAAAAAGACAAAAAAGAUUAUCUAGAUAUAUUUAUUACUAAAGUGAAAAGUGAAACUAUAAAGUACUGAAAAUAUUAACGAGCAACUAAGUAUAUAUUGUUAUGCAGCUAAUAUGAGUACCUAUCUAUUAUACAGAAACAGAAACAAAACUGAACAAGUUUGGGCGCUCCAAGAGCUAUUGAAAAUCCGAUGAAGAAAUAUAAGUGAACAGAAAUACACAGAGUUAUCCCUGCUAGUGGAUUUAAUUUGUCUGUUUUAACUCUUCGGUUUCAAAUUUCAUACACAACAAAACAGUUAUACAAAUCACCCAUCAAAUCACAAGACAAGACACAUUAACACAUUCACACCGACAUCUGCAGCCAUACAAAAACAAACAAUAUAUCUUCGGAAAUAAAUCUUAUGAAUCAUUACACAAAUAUUGUGGUAGAUGAAAUAAUAAAAAACAUACAAAUAAAUAAAGGUAUGCGUAAGAAAACUUAAUCAGAGACUACAACACAAAACAACUGCAAAUAGGUCACCUAAAUCACGGGUUUCGAUGUAAAAGUGUAAAAAUCUUGCACCGAAACCCGAUUUCUGUCGACCCAAUUUGCAAGUUAAUAGUUAUCAAUUCAUUACAUCUUCCAAUGAUAGUUUGGUAAACCUUCACAUCCCGGAGGUAAGCUGAAUAAAAAAUGGUUAAACUCCGAACCAACAUGAAGGACACAUUAA